GUGAAUUUACCUCAGGCCCACCUCACUGUGCCGCAGAGGUGCCCGAGUCCAAACCGCCUCCAUGGCCUCGGGCCGGGUGCCGGGGAGAGGGCCCCAUCCAGGGAGCCGCUCUGGCCAAAUCCCCUGCCCGGCAUGGAGCUGACUGGCCUGCUCCUCGUGGCCUUCCUUCUCCUGCCCGUGAGAUUGGCUUUCACCAGCCCCGCUCCAGCCUGUGACCCCCGACUUCUGAACAAGCUCCUCCGGGACGUCCGGGCCCUACAAUCCCGGCUGAGCCAGUGCCCAGACCUCAGCCCGCUUCCCCUGCCCAUCCUGCUUCCUGCUGUGGACUUCAGCCUCCGGGAAUGGAAAGCCAAGACAGUGAGAUACGCCACCCUCCUCGACGGGACCUCAGUUUACCCCUCCCGCCCCCCACUUACCCCUGUUCUGACCAGCCCCAACCCGCUCCCUAGUCUUCCCUCACCUCCCAUCGCUCCUCUCACGCUAGACUCCCCUGCCCUGUCACAGUCGUCACUUCCCCUCUCCCUUCCCCUCCUCCAGAUAUGUCUCUUCAGGGCUUCUUCCCUGACAUCCCUUGUUUCCCAGGAGCAGAUCAAGGGACAGGAGGUCCUGGGGGCAUUAGCCCUCCUGAUGGAGGGAGUUGGGGCGGCCCAGGGACAACUGGAGACCACCUGCCUCUCCCCCUUACUUGGGCAGCUUUCCGGACAAGCCCGCCUCCUCUUCGGGGCCCUGCAGGGUCUCCUUGGAGCCCAGCCAGGACUCUGGCCUCAGGCCCAUCCUCUACCCCCAGCCUCUCCCCCAGGACCGGGUGACGGCUCACAGGGAGCCCGAUGCCAUCUUCCAGAACUUCUGGCAGCUCUUGGUGGGAAAGGUGCGUUUCCUGCUGCACGGACCCACUCUCUGUGCCAGGCGGGGCCAGCCGGUCCCCAGCCCCGCAAACGGACUCCUCAGACCCUUGGCCGGGAGAUCUGGCAUUGGACCGCCGGCCAGAACCCCCGGACCUCGGGCCACGACACCGGGCCUUGCGGACCAAGCCUCCGGGCUCCCGGGCCGGGUCUCCGCACUCUUGAAUGUGACCUCCAGGCCUGUGGCAUCAGCCUCCGGACUCCUCCUGAACAUGACUCUCAGGCCCCCGCACAGAGCCCCGGGACCCCCACCUGGGAGUCCCACACUUCUGGACAACGCCACUGGAUUCUCAGGCAGAACUCCUGGAUCCUUGCCCAGUCUCCCCAGCAACACAGAUGGUUUUCCCAGACUCUCAUACCAAGCCUCCGGGCCCCCCACUCCUCUUACUGGACUUCCAACUCCCUCUCCAAACCCUACCGUCCCUGUGCCCAGCUCCUCCACCCCCCUGGCAUCUCCCUCAGCCACCACUCCCAGCUCCUUCUAACCCAACUAUUGGUCUCCGUCUCAGGGUAAGCCUCGUGGAGGCGGGGGAGAAGAGGAGGGGAGGGCAAGGCUUGCAUCGCAGCUCUCCCUCCCCCCCAGGAACUGAAGUCCUGCCAAUCCGCACCGAUCCCCCCGGGGCAUCAUACUGUACAUCAGAGCUACAGGUCCCAAGUGAAGCGACAGGGCAGAGGGACAAUGAAACAUUUUCCAUUCUACUCUAA